AUGGUUUCUGUGUGGGACCUAUCCACCAGGCCGGAGUAUCUAUUACAUACCCAACCUAACCACUGGGCUUCUCUCGCCCAGGUUGCCAUGACCCAAUGCACUCAAGCACAGUUGCACAAGAUCCGCCAUUUGCGACGUCUUCUGCCAGCCCUAUCUGUCCAUGAGCCUUCUUCUCUGUGCCUCCCAUUGGCUUUAAUUCUAACUGACGACUGA